GGAAGAUGGAUACAAUUUCAUAAAGCAAUAAAAGGCAAAUAAGAGAUCUAUAUUUAAAAAGAAUUCUUUUUUUUUAUUUUUUUUUAAUUUUUUUUUCUCUCUCUUUGUAUACAUCAUCAUGUAUAGGUUAUAUAUCAUCAUGUAUAGGUUAUAUCCUUUCUUCUUGAUCUAUGUAUUAUUCAUCAUUAUCAGUAGUAUUAUUGUACAAGCAGAAGAUGAUAUAAAUGAUAACAGUAUUAAAAAUGAUGAUGAUGAUCCUGAUAACGACACCAUCAGUGGACGUCAAAUUAUCCCCAAUGCUUACCUGUUGGAAUAUGUCGAUAAUGUGGAUUCACAGACACAUCAUACCAAGGUCAUGUCGUUACUAGCACCAAUCACACAACAAAUGAAGAUCAGGCAAGUGUAUCAAAAUUCCAAGUUAUUUUCUGGCAUGUCAGUCCAAUUAUCUUCGGAUCACCAUACGCGUUCCUUCUCAUCGUUACUCAACAUGAAGCCUAUCAAUGACCUGGCCAAUGCAAGAAAAUCAUCAUCCAAAAAAAGCAAGCGAUUACUUCAACCUGUCAUCAUUGACAACAAUCCUUGGGUUAAAAAAAUAUAUCCAUUGUAUUUCGUUUCAAGACCAGAUUGGCAAUCAUCAUCAUCAUCCUCUCUCAUGAAUGAUUCUUCAACAUUACAGUAUCCAUAUGAUGAUUCCAUUUCUCAAAUCAAAACAGUCCAUGAAACUUUAGGUUACACUGGGAAAGAUAUCAAUGUCUGUUUAUUGGAUUCUGGUGUUGAUUAUCGUCAUCCAGCUUUGGGUGGCGGGUUUGGUCCUCAAUAUAAAAUCAAAUUGGGUGCUAAUCUAGUGGAUCCUCAAGAUGAUAUCAACUCGGUAGGUUAUCAUCAUGAAAAGGGCGAUCCUUUUGAUCCAUGUCCUGCUGGUGGGCAUGGAACUCAUGUAACAGGAAUCAUUGCUGGUAUGGAUACACAAAAGCGUUUUGUUGGUGUGGCACCAGAUGUAAAUUUAGGAAUGUGGCGUAUUUUUGGCUGCGAAGGUGGAGCAAGUGAGGAUACUGUGAUCCAAGGACUUACUAUGGCUCAUCAAGCUGGAUGUGAUGUGAUCAAUAUGAGUUUGGGUGUACAAAGCGCUUGGGCAGAGGAUGCAAUGGCAGUGGUAGCUGAUCGAUUAACACAACAAGGAAUCAUUGUGGUCGCUGUGGCAGGUAAUCAAGCAGAUGCUGGUGCCUAUCUUCAAAACACCCCUGGUACUGGCAAGCAUGUGGUAUCGGUCGCUUCUCUGGACAAUUUAUAUUAUCCAACAACUGUUCUUUUGGUUGACUCCAUUCCAAAUGAAUCUUUUGAGUAUCAGUUAUCGACAACAACAUCAUCAUUCCCUAACGGAACUUUGGUAGCCAUCUACAACAUCACAGAGAAAGAUCAUACCCCCAUCGAUAUGUGCAACGGUAGCGAAGCGAGCAAAUUACCUGGAAGUACGCAAGUCAAAGGAAACAUUUUGCUUGUACAACGUGGAAGUUGUACUUUUGAUCAAAAGGCUAUCGAAGCUCAUAAUCAUCUAGGUGCUAUGGGUAUCCUAGUGUAUGAUGAUAAAGUAUCGGAAGAAAAUGGAAAUGGUGAUGAUCCGAUUUCUAUCCAGACCAUAGAUAGCCCCAUCCCUGUUGCUGGUAUUUCAAGAAACCUAGCUCAUCGUCUGUAUCGCCUUGGUAACGGUACUGCAUUUCAUGAUGAUGAUGAUGAUCCGAAAAAGAAAAGUUUAUAUCCAUUAUUGCCUACAUCUAUUUUUUUCCCUCCCCAGGUGAUUGAUAAACCUUUAUCUACAGCAAUGCAAGUAUCCCAAUUUUCAAGUACUGGUCCUACAUAUGAAUUAGAUUUGAAGCCUAAUAUUGCCGGUAUUGGUGGACAAGUGUAUUCGACAUUACCUCUUCAAUUGGAAAAUACAGCAGGCUUUGAAAGUGGAUGGGGUGUUCGAUCAGGCACUUCAAUGGCUGGUCCUCAUGUUACUGGUAUCAUGGCAUUAUUUUUACAAGCUACUCGAAAACAGCUAGAUGUCAACAUGCAAUCAAAUCAACAAAUCAUCAAUUCAUUAGUUUCUUAUGCGAUGGAACAUUUACAAAAUCACGCCAAAAUCACCAUGAAAGAUGAUAUGCCUGAUCAUCCUCUUUUACAAGGUGCCGGAUUGGUUCAACCUUACGAUAUGAUCAAAAAUCCUAUACAUGUAUCACCAAGUCAAAUCAGCUUCAACGACACAUCAAGUCUAAUUGAUUACAAAACUCAUACUCUGCAAAUCACCAACCUGGGCGGUGAAUCAGUCAAUUUAACCAUCCAUCAUCGUCCCUCAAAAUCAGUGAAUCCAUAUGACUCUAAAAAGGAAACGAGUAAAAAAUCAUCAUCAUCAUCAACAUUUAACAGACAUGAUCAAUCAGAUGAAGACAAUGGUAAUCAUUAUACACUUUUGGAACCUGUGAGUCGUGGUGAUGCUCAGGUGGAACUUGUUUUUGAUAAACAACAAAUCACAUUAGCACCUGGCCAGAUGAUACCUAUUCAAAUCCAAGUCAAAUUACCUUCCAAUACAUCUUCGUAUGAUUAUCAAAUGUAUGGUGGUUAUAUAGUAUGGGAAUCAACGAGUGAUGAAACGAAACAAGCAAGUGUACCUUACUUUGGCGUAUUGGGUUCAAUGCCUGAUCUUCCUAUUUUUGAUGAUGGUUUUCCAUUCAUGGCUCCAGCAGAAAAUCUGACAGAUAUUUAUUCUCCAUCCGAGACAUUCGUAUUACAUCUUGAUGACUUGUAUCGUGUUAACAAUAUCAAUGGUACCAAAAAGAAAAAGAACGAUGAUGAUGAGAUUAAAUCGACUACGAUUCCAUCGAAUAAUGAUGUACCAUCAGAUGAAGAUUUUUUGGAUGUCAGUGGACUACCGGCGGUGGUAUGUCGAAUGAUCACUGCUACAAGAGAAAUCCGUGCUGAUAUCAUCCUUGCCGAGUCGUCUUCUGACAAGAAGGAUGAUGAUUCCUCAAAACGAUCCAUGGAUAUAUCUACUACCGUUGUUGGUUAUAUUCCCAAUUUUCCUGUACUCAAUGUCGAUAGAAAUCGUCGAACUUUAGAUAACUAUUAUCGUCAAUUUGUAUGGAACGGCGAGGUACAAGCUACACCAGGUCUUGGGGUAGCUAGGCAAAUUGUUGCUCCUGGUCGCUAUUCUAUUCGUGUACAAGCUCUUCGAUUACUUGGUGAUCCAGCUAAUCCAAAUCAUUGGGAAACUUGGGUCUCUAAUCCUAUUCUUGUUCAAUAAUCACAUCAAGCACUAUACGCGUUUCAUAUAUAAAACAGUAAAU